UUAUAUCCCAGUGCAGGGUGUGGUUUCCUCACACAAACUCUCAGAGCUAUUAGACGCAUUCAGAGGAGAGCAAACCAAUACUGUUAGUACUAUGAGCAGUUUUGGGUACAGAAAGGAGCUUCAUAAAUACGAAGAUGUGGAUGAGGAUGAACUUUUGGCCACCCUCACCAACGAAGAGCUACAGGAACUGGAAAGAGAAAUGGCUGACAUCGAUCCAGAUGAAAACACUCCCAUUGGACUGAGGCAGAGGGAUCAAACGGCCAAGCAGCCGACAGGAACUUUCUGCAGGGAAGCUCUGCUGAAGCACUGGCAGAAUGACACUCACAAACUGCUCGAGACGGAAAGGUCAGAAUAUGUCCAUCAACAGGAGAACAUGGAUGAGAGCCAGACAGAUAAGAGUGAAGAGGAAUGUUUAAGUGAGAGUGACACUGAGGCCUCUCCAGGGACACAGAGUCUUCUCAACAACCAAGAGGAGGAGGAACCACAAAAUAAAAGACAUGGAAAUUUAAAAAAAGUGAAGAACUGCAACCAGAUGUUUAUCAAGUCAUCUCAACCAGACUGCAGGAAUACGGGCAGCAACGGCAACUGCAGAGGCAAACUCGGCAGGACAAGAAGAGACAUCCGUCAAGUAGACUCAAACUUUAAUGUGAUCCCAGAGGGAGCGAGCAAGAAUUCCACUGAUACUGAUGGGAUCCUGGAGAAGAUCCUGAAGAAUGAUGAAUCUGUGAGUGAGGUCAACCUGAAUAACAUUGACAACAUUUCCCAGCAGAUGCUGAUUAGUUUUGCGGAGGCUUUGACCUCCAACACGCAUGUUCGGGUCUUCAGCCUUGCCAACACCCACGCAGAUGACCAGGUAGCCUUUGCCUUGGCCAACACCAUAAAGAAGAACUACUACAUCACCAGCCUUAACAUUGAAUCCAACUUUAUCUCAGGAAGAGGAAUCUUGGCCUUGCUCAGGUCUCUCCAGCAGAACACCAGCCUUGUAGAGCUCCGCUUCCACAACCAGCGGCACAUCUGUGGAGGCCAGGUGGAGAUGGAGAUGGUAAAUCUUCUAAGAGAGAACACCACCCUACUAAAGCUGGGAUACCAGUUUGACCUGCCAGGCCCCAGGAUGAGUGCAACCAGCAUCCUGACCCGCAACCAGGACCGCCAGAGACAAACACGACUGCAGUUACGAAGACAGUCAGAAAAGACAGAAGAAACAAUAGAUCAAACAAGUCAUACUAUAAAAAAUGGAACUUCAAACCCCCAAAACACACCUGACAAGAGAUUGGUCACAUCUUCCCAAGGGCAGGAGCGCAAUUCCCUUCCUAAACCUAAACCACAGCUAGCCCACGUGCAAAAAGAGAAGAAUGUGCCCAGCAGAAAGAUUGCUGAAAUAGUAAAAUCACAGGAGGAGAUCACAGCAGAUAAUCAAGGCCAAAACAAACAAAACACAAAGAUGUGGAACCAGACAAAGGAAAGAGAGAGUGGAGAUCUCUACAAGGAUGUGAAACAUGCACUAAAACCACCAUCCAGGAAAAACCAGGAAGACAGAAAUGGUCAGCGGUCAGUACACGGUGAUCUCAUGGCAGCAAUCCGUAGCAGCCGCAUGACAACACUCACAAAGGUUAAAGUCCUACAUCAGUGUUCAUGAUGCAACAUUAGCAAGACGCUCAACAAAGAUGGUCUCUCACACACAAACUCGUUUUCAGUGGCAUUGAAUAUAAAUUACAUUAAGACUAAUCUUUUUUUUUAAUCAAUGAAAAAGUGUAAUGUUUAAAUAUUUUGCUGCACCUUCUUUGGUGAUCCUAAAAAUAACACUAGUGCAUACAUUUCUUUGAAUACUGGGACUCGAUUAUAACAGAACUACGGCAUUAGGCCACUGCAGAUUUGGAAGAAGCCAGGUAUAUGGCAUAUGGAAGGUCAUUUUCAAUAAUAGUGGAAAAGAUGAAAAAUAAUGAGUGAACAAUAACUCACGCCACCUGACACAUUAAGCCUGUUGAUUUUUUUGCAUUUUGUGGCCUGGAUGUACUUAUAUAAUGAGCAAUUUCAAAGUUUUAUGUUUAUCAAAGACAUAUUAACAAGAUGCAAAACUCCAAAUGAGAUUUUUAGAACAUUUCUAUUGGUCUAUUCGUGAAAUGUCCACACAAUGUAAAGAGUAGCUGUUGUGCUGAAAUGAUGUACAAACAAUGGAGAUACAUGGUUUUGAUAUAAUUUUCUACUUGACACAAUCAACUUCAAGGCACCACAAAUGACUGAGAAAAUGAACCAAUAUUAUCAUUUAUUUAAGUAUACAAUUUAAUGUUUUCAUUCCACAUUCCAACCCAUUUGUAAGGUUUGAAGUCAGUUUUAUCGUUUUAAUGCAGCACAAUCCUUGAAGGACAGCGAAACUCAAACACUGUUAAAACAGCAUUAAUUGCUACACAGAGGUUCUUACCUUGGGUUUACCUUGCAUGUAGUUGUCAGUCAAGCAUUGGCUUUUUAAAAGCUUCUAGUAAAUGGUUUAAAUUCAUUGAAUGCUUUGUGUAGUGCUUUAUUCAUGAUAUGACUUUAAUAAAAACCUGUUAUUGGGGAAUGAUCACCAUGACGAUCACUAUGAUUCAGUGAUGACCAUAUCCAGAAGCAAGCUGCAUUCACAACUUUGCCAGGUUCAAACUACAGCGUUAUCUUUUUCAAUAUCAUAAAGCAAGAAAUGAAAAAAAAAAACCUCAAAACUGUCUAUUGUGUGACGUGCAGUCUAAGUGAAACCUUAUCCUUGCAAGAAGAAUCACAGGGAAUAACUGGUGAGAAUGCAACAAAUGUAGUGUCGUCUUGUAGUGACCUUCAUUUUGACAUCCGUGCAAAACAGAACAACUGUAGUAUAUCAGCCUAGUGUACAUUUACAUAGUAACGAUACAGAAGUGGGUGGGUGGGUGGAGGGAUUAAAUAUUCUGAUAGAAGAACCUCUUACCAAAACGUAGAGUGCUAAACUAGGAUUUGAAUAAGAAAAUCGAAGGUACAGAAAAGUAGGGUAUGAAAAUAGCGUUUUCAAUCAUUAAUCAACAAUUAACAAGAACGUAGAGGAUCCUGUCCAUCUCCCUUUCCUCAUCAACGAGGGAACAAAAACAUUCAAAUCAACAAGUCAAGAAAACCCAUCCUGGCUUUAAACUUCACAUGGUUAUUCCAGGAGAUUACUUUACAUAGGAUACAUGACAAUACUUUACAGAUUAUAUGAGGUAUUGCACAAAUUAUUAAAAAAAAAAAGGCAACAAAAAUAUACAGCGAUUUGAAAGAA